AUGGCAGUAGAUUACUCCGUCUACCUCGUCACCGACUCCACGCCCGCCAUCCUGGGAGACAAAGACCUCAUCAGCGUAGUCGAGGCCUCGCUGCGAGGCGGCGUAACCGUCGUCCAGUAUCGCGACAAGCACAGCGCCAAAGAGGACGUCGUCGCCGUCGCCAAGAAGCUGCACCAGCUUACCCAGAGCUAUGGAGUGCCGCUCCUGAUCAACGACCGCGUCGAUGUCGCCGUCGAGAUUGGCUGUGAGGGUGUGCACAUUGGGCAGGAUGACACGGAAAUCCAACAAGCAAGGAAACUCCUGGGUCCGAACAAAAUCAUCGGCGUGACAGCGAGUUCCAAGGAAGAAGCCAUAAGUGCGUGCCAAGCAGGCGCAGACUAUCUCGGCCUUGGAACCGUCUACUCUACAGCCACUAAAAAAGACACCAAAUCCAUCAUUGGGCCCUCGGGCGUCGCAGACAUCCUGGCCGCCCUCGACGCAGCAGGCCACUCGUCCAUGCCCGCCGUGUGCAUCGGCGGCGUCAACGCCUCCAACGCGUCCGCCGUCCUCGCGGGCUCCGCCUCGCCGCACAAGGCCCUCGACGGCCUCGCCGUCGUGAGCGCCAUCAUCGCCGCCGCCGACCCGGCCGCCGCGUCCAGAGACCUCCUGGGCAAGGUCAUCACCGCCAAGAUCCCCGACGUCGUCGCCGCCGUGGGCAGGAAAACCCCCCUGUCGCACAACAUGACGAAUCUGGUGGUGCAGAACUUUGCGGCCAACGUCGCCCUCUGCGUCGGCGCCAGCCCCAUCAUGUCCAACUACGCCGAGGAAGCCGCCGACCUGGCCAGGCUCGGCGGCGCGCUGGUCCUCAACAUGGGCACCGUGACGCCAGACGGCCUGAACAACUACGCCCAGGCGUUGAAAGCGUACAACCAGGCCAGGCGGCCCGUUGUCCUCGAUCCCGUCGGCGCCGGGGCAACCUCUGUCCGCCGCGAGGCCGUGCAGACGCUCCUCGCAUCGGGCACCUUCGCCGUGAUCAAGGGCAACCAAUCCGAGAUCCAGACCGUGCACGGCGCGAGCGUGACCCAGCGCGGCGUCGACUCCUCCUCGUCGCUCACCGUUCCACAGCGCGCCCGGCUCGUCCGCUCCCUCGCCCGUCAGCGGCGGUGCGUCGUCCUCCUCACCGGCCCGACGGACCUGAUUAGCGACGGGAGGCGCACGCUGCGCGUCGACAACGGCCACGGCUACCUGGGCAUGGUUACCGGCACGGGAUGCACCCUCGGCACCACCGUCAGUGCCAUGGCCGCCGCGUAUGAGCAAGAUGCCCUGGUCGCGACUGUUGCGGGAACCGUCAUGUUUGGCCUGGCCGCCGAGAUGGCCGCCCAGAGAGACCAUGUCAGGGGGCCAGGAUCCUUUGUGCCCGCGUUUUUGGACGAGUUGUUUGGGAUUCGAAAGGCGACAAUGGAAGGGGAUUCGACGUGGCUUGCUCUGGCCAAGGUUGCGGCUGUUGAUGUCGCCGACGACGAAUGA